UUUUGAGAUAACCCCAUCGAGUUUGGUGUCAUUUUGAAGCAUUUUUGGUGGAGAUUACGAUUUUUAUGAGAACGAAAUGAUUUCGGGUUAAUACAAAAAUUUUUGUUUAUAAUUAAGCGAUUUGGUGCUUAAUUCGGAGCUAAAUCUUCUACCUGAGGCUUCUGUGUGCGUAUUAAAUAUUUCGGGAAACUCCUAAAACUAACUUCAGAAAACGGUCACGCAAUAAAGCACCCUCUAUUAUGUUUGGGUCAUAAACUAUGAAAAUAAAAUCAUAAAAUCACGUGUAUAUUUUCCGAGAAAACGAAAACACAAGAAAGCAGGUAAUUUUUACGUCUUAUUCUCCAUCAUACGAGAAAGAUAACACAAGAAAACAGGUACUCAACUCCCCCACCACUUUUUCGAGAACGUUUUUAGCCCGUGCCAAAUGUUAUACCUGCCCUUUUUCGUUUAAAACUCCAUCGAAAACGUUUGUCUUAAAAAUAAAAAAAAAAUAAGUAGUGAAAUAACCUUAAUAAAAGUGAUAUGACAUAUUCUAUUUUAAAAAAUGAAUUGAAUCCCGAUUUUUCAAAAAAAUGCAAAAUUUCGUUUAACACCGAAUCAACUCCCACGAUGGCCACGACGGAAUCGCAUUACUCAUUAAGAUGGAACAACCACCAAAAUCAUAUUCUAACAGCAUUCGAUGCACUACUCCAGGCUGAAACUUUGGUUGAUGUAACAUUGGUUUGCGCGGAAACCUCAGUGCGCGCCCAUAAAGUCGUUUUAAGUGCAUGUUCGCCGUUUUUCCAACGAAUUUUUUCCGAAAAUCCAUGUAAACACCCAGUUAUCGUUUUGAAAGAUUUUAGCGGUUGGGAAGUGCAAGCAAUCGUCGAUUUUAUGUACAAAGGUGAAAUAAGCGUCGGAAGGGAACAAUUACAAAGUUUAAUAAAAGCGGCCGAAAGUUUACAAAUACGAGGAUUAGACGAUAUAGGAACGAGUACGAGCACUAAUUUACAUCACACCCAACAAAAAGAAAUCGGUCAAAAUCAACAUCACCACCACCACCAUCACCACAGCAACCAAAGUCCAGCACCGUCAAGUUCCCCCAACGAUUAUGAAAGGAAUUUUUAUCACAACGCGAGGUUUCCAGUACCCGGAAUGACGAUGAGAACAACUCCAACGGAAAGAUCAUCACCUUUCUCGCCACUCCCCGGUAAUCAACACAACUACGAUUCUCUUAGCCAAAUUAAAUUACCACAUAUGGGGCAAUUAUCGUUUCCGGAAAGCUUAAUACCGUCAUCGCAACAAAGAAAUGACUGUCAAUCGCCGAUUCCGAGGAGAAAGCAAGCUAGACCGAGAAGAAGAUCGGGCGAAUUAUGCACAGCUCAAGAUUUAUCGACGACCCUGUCGAAUUUAGUGGCGCAAAAACAACCCCAAUCGCCCCCUGACGGUGAAGAAACGGCAGAAAAUUUGUGCGUAAAAAAGUUAGUUCAUCCCAAAGAUGAGAAGAAAGAUAUAGAACAACAAUCGAAGUCGCCAGAAACGACCGGAAGCCCCGAGUUGGAUUUGAGUUUAACCGGAGGGAAAGAUUUUAAUACUUCGCCACCCCUAGGACUCCAACCGUUAUUACGGGAUGGUCAUCUUCCGUUUCCACCGAUGCCGAAUGUUUCGGCGUUAGCAAUGAGCCAACCUCAUAAUAAUCUGUUUAGUUUAGACGCAUCUUUGGGGCUAUUUCCACCCGGUUUGGAAGGUUGUCGGAAUCCCCUUUUAGAGAUGGCCGAUCCAAGAACUAAUGAAUCAUCGUUAUUCGUUAAAAAGAAAAUGGGAAGACCAAAAGGGCAACAUUCCGCGCCUAGGGGUGGUCCGCCGAGGAGUUGGACGAACGCUGAAUUAACGGAGGCUCUCCAACACGUUUGGAACAAGAAGAUGACGACGAGUCAGGCUUCGAGAAUCUUCGGGAUCCCCUACAACUCGCUUCUGAUGUACGUCCGAGGUAAAUACGGGAAGAGUUUGAAGUUGGAGCAGCUUCGGAAGGAUUGCAUCGCCGCACCGGGCUCCCAAAUUGACAUGAUGAGCGUUUCGGGGAACAACAACAACAAUUCGUUAAAAAACUCCGAUCGGGAGCACGACGUGCUCCAACCCAACACAAGGCCCGGGAGCACGGAGGAGAUGCCUUCGAGUCGGGAGACGACCCCCCAGCAAAUGUUCAAUCCAUUUUCGCCGAAUUUUUAUCCGGAUUUUGGGGCUGGCUUUCCAAUUCCCGUUAGCAUGAUCCAUUUAUUACCGCAAAGCGAGAAGAAUCGGGAGCAUUUUCGGCAGCAAAUCGAGGACGAUGGUAAGAAUGAUAGGGUGAAGGAUGAGCCGCAAGAUGUGUUUAUGUCCAGUUCGAUAUCGCACGAGGAUCGAAGAGAGUUAGUCCAAAACGGACAGGACUAAAAACGAUUUUUUUAGAUGAUUCGUUUCUUUAGAUGUAAGCUAUAAGUGCUUCCUGUAUGUACUUGAAAAGUUUCGACCGUUCAAAAAACUCAAAAAUAAAUUGGUUCAACAAAUUAUUAAAAAUUAAUAACAUACACAAGAACACAACAAGCAAAAGACUGAUUAUGUAUCAUAAUUGCCAAUGUUCCAACAAAGUUUUUUUUCAUAAAAGUAUCUCGCAGAAUUUAUUUUGUUACUACUACAGAUGGUGAAGAAGAUUAAAGUAAAGUACAGUUCCUCACACACAGAUAUUUUACAUACAGAUUUUUUAAAUAAAUAAAAAAUAUUUCUACCAAAAAAUAUUUAAAUAACAGAAAUAUAUACAGACUCUUUUUAUUUCCGAUAAAUAAACUAACAUAUUAAAAUCGCUGGGGAGUUUCCGGGAAUCUUCGUUUCCACGUCCACUAUGAAUUUCAUUAAAUUAAAAAAAAAAACAAAAAGAAAUUAAUUAAUGGAAAUAGGCUCAAAACGAAAAACCCCACGCGAUUUAAUUAAAUGAAAUACGGAGAAUACUGUGAUUUUUUACAGUUUUUGUACAGUUUAAAAAUAUAUUUAA